GCCUGUGUCGAGGGUGGAUCAGAUGGACCAGGUGGUGUCCAGGGCUCGGAGGUGGGUGCUGGGGCAGGGAGUGGUGGCCUAGGAGGGGGCCUGAUGUCUUGGGGGGGCUACAGCCCUGUGACUCUUGUGGAGGCAGGGACAAGGGGAGGCUAGCUGUGCUGCACACGGCCUGUGGCAGGUCUGAGUCAAAACACCUAAGGCCGACCCCGGCGGUCAUGCGGAGGGCUGCCCAGUCAUCGCCUUAUGCCGGCCUGGGUCACUCAGGCAGGCUGGGCGCGGCCCCGUCAGCUGUGACUCAGGCCCCAGCGGCCUCGCCACGCAGCACCGGGCAGGGGCAUCGGGCACAAGGACCCCCCUCCCCAUGCCCUAGCCCCGCUUCUCCCCUUGGCCACCCGAAAGACCCUGCUCCGACCUGUGUCUGGCACAGACUGGGUAGGAACCUGGGGCCCUCUGCACCUGCUGUCCCCAGCCCUUUAGCUGGGGGUGGGGGUGGGGUGGAAGUGGGGGGAGCGUCAGGGCCACCCGGCUCUGGACGGGAAGUCAAGUUGGGGGCGGGGUGAGGAGCCAGCUCCAGAGAAGAUUCAGCAGGAGAGGGAAGCAGAGGGGGCCUAGCCCCGAAGACGAUGGUGUCCCACUGAAGACCUGGCAAACCUCUUUCCAGAUCCGGAGGCACAGACCAGGCUCCAGUAUAUAAAUCAGGCAAAUUCCCCAUUUGAGCAUGAACCUCUGAAAACUGCCGGCAUCUGAGGUUUCCUCCAAGGCCCUCUGAAGUGCAGCCCAUAAUGAAGGUCUUGGCGGCAGGAGUUGUGCCCCUGCUGCUGGUUCUGCACUGGAGACAUGGGGCGGGGAGCCCCCUCCCCAUCACCCCUGUCAACGCCACCUGUGCCAUACGCCACCCAUGUCACAACAACCUCAUGAACCAGAUCAGGAGCCAACUGGCACAGCUCAAUGGCAGUGCCAAUGCCCUGUUUAUUCUCUAUUACACAGCCCAAGGCGAGCCAUUCCCCAACAACCUGGACAAGCUGUGCGGCCCCAAUGUGACGGACUUCCCGCCCUUCCAUGCCAAUGGCACGGAGAAGGCCAGGCUGGUGGAGCUGUACCGCAUAGUUGUGUAUCUCGGCACCGCCCUGGGCAACAUCACCCGGGACCAGAAGAUCCUCAACCCCAGCGCCCUCAGCCUCCAUAGCAAGCUCAACACCACUGCCGACAUUCUGCGAGGCCUCCUUAGCAACGUGCUGUGCCGCCUGUGCAGCAAGUACCACGUGGCCCACGUGGACGUGACCUACGGCCCCGACACGUCGGGUAAGGACGUCUUCCAGAAGAAGAAGCUGGGCUGUCAGCUCCUGGGGAAGUAUAAGCAGAUCAUCGGCAUGUUGGCUCAGGCCUUCUAGCAGGAGGUUGUCAAGUGCACAGUGAACUGAGGGAUCUCAGGAUUGGUGUCCAAAUGUGGGGGCCUGUCCCAGGGUGGCCAGGACCCAGGGCAUCACUAAAUCCAAACAGGGGCUGCUGGCAGACCCUGAGGGUGCCUGGCCAGUCCACUCCAUUCUGGGCUGUGCUGUGAUGAAGCCGAGCAGGGUGGAAACUUCCAUAGGGAGGGAACUAGAAGAAGGCACCCCUUCCUCUGGGAGACUAUGGACUGGGGAGCGUGGGCUGGACUUCUGCCUCUGCGUUUCCCUUUCGCCCCUUGCUCGCUUUGUGCAGUGAGCAAACUACACAAGUCAACUACAACAGCCCUGACCACAGGGCAAGACAGCAGGACCCAGGGGCGUGAACCAGCCCCCAGCAAAUGAUCACCAUCUGUGCCUUUGCUGCCCCUUAGGCAGGGACUCAGGUGGGCCAGAGGGGUUAGGACCUCAAAGGACUCCUUGUCCCUUAGAAGGUUGGUGAGUGGAAGAUAGAGAGGGGCCUCUGGGAUGGGAGGCUGUCUUCUUUUGAACAUGAUCAGAGAACUUGGGCAUAGGAACGGUCAAGCAGAAGUUUCUAGAAGGAGGUCACUGGCAUUCAGGCUCUCGGGGAGGCAGAGAAACCACCUUCAGGCCUUGGAAGGAAGACGUUGGGAGGAAGAGAGGCCCUCAAAGCCUUGGUGGGUUCUUCCUUCUCUUCCCCUCGGUCUUCCCUGCAGCCUGGGAUGGCCAGGGUCUGGUGGCUGGACCUGAAGCAGGGGUUUGUGGAGGGGGUAGGGCAGGAGCAGGUUGCUAAGUCAGGUGCAGAGGUUCUGACAGAUCCAGAGUCUUCCUCUGGGUGAGAGUCUUUAAAGAGUAGCUCAGAGUAGCAGUGCACAUCUGAGGCCCCGGGAGGCCUUGUGAGGUCACACAGAGGUACUUGAGGGGGACCAGAGGCCGUGUCUGGUCCCCAGGGCAAGGGGACAGCAGAACUUGAAGUCAGGGUCUCAGGGAACCCUGAGCUCCAAGUGUGCUGUGCGUCUGACCCGGCAUGAUUUCUAUUUAUUAUGAUGUCCUAUUUAUAUUAACUUAUUGGUGCUUUCAGUGGCAAAGUUAAUUCCCCUUUCGCUGGUCUCUACUCAACAAAAUAUGGUGACGGCUCCUGACACAGGCGCCGCGGCCAGGGCUUAGCAGAGCCUGGUCUGGAAGUCAACAAUGUUACAAGUGGAAUAAGCCUAUGGGUGAAGCUCAGAGAAGGGUCAGAUCUGAGAGAAUGAGCAGGGGAGUGGGGGGCCUGGAUCCACCCCCAUCUGCUAUUGUGCCUUGCUUCGGGGUAUUGGGGUCCAGGUUGCAGGGGCUGGGCAGGUUUGUGGCGAGGCAAGGUGCCUUACUCUCUUGGUUCCAGGGGUCUGUAUUCUUAGGCACCGCCACAUUGUGUUGUGAGGGGCAUCGCUCAUGGUUGAAAUUGUGCCCCUGGAGCAGUGGGCAAGGCAGUCCUGGUGGCCCAUCCUGUCCCUGUUUCUGUGUCCCCAUGCUGCCUCUGAAAUAGCGCCUUGCAACAAUCUUGUCCCAGCACCCAGCGUGCUCGCACACAGUGGGGAAGCGCCUCGGGUGGCCGGACACCCACAGAGGGCACAAGGGCCUGGCUGGGCCAGACCCUUGGAAGGUAGGGUAGACUGGGGGCAUCAGCUGCCCGCUGCUCCCAAGAGGAGGAGAGGGAGGCUGAAGAUGCCUGGGACUCAGACCAGGAAGCUGUGGGCCCUCCUGCCCCACCUCCGGCCCACUCCCACCCAUGUCUGGGCUCCCAGGCAGGGAACCCGAUCCCUUCCUUUGUGCUGGGGCCAGGCAAGUGGAGAAACGCCCUCCAGCCUGAAAGCAGGGGAGGGAGGGAGGCAGCCGAGUUGGGGCAGCUGCUCUGAGCAGCAUUCUGGCUUCUUCUCAAACCCUGAGUGGGCUGCCGGCCUCCAAGUUCCGCCAACAAGACGAUGGUACUAAUUAUGGUACUUUUCACUCACUUUGCACCUUUCCCUGUCGCUCUCUAAGCACUUUACCUGGAUGGCAUGUGGGCAGCGUGUGAGCUGGUCCUGAGGCCUGGGGUUGGGGUGGAGGGCGCAGCCAGGAGUUGUCCAUCUGUCCAUCCCAACAACAAAACAAGGAUGUGGCUCUUGAGAUGUGGGUCACACUCUCCCUUGUCCAGGAUUCAGGGGCUGCCUCCCCUUCCCUGCUCCAUCCGGCUUGGCUUGGGCUGGCUACACUCCCCCAAGACAGACUUCAAGAUAGACAAACUCAUGUGAAAACCAGAGUUGCUGAUUCCAACCAGAUCCCGCUUGCUCGCCCAUCACCUCAUCUUCCUGUGGACUUGGGUGCCCUAUGCCAGGCCCACCUGGUGGCCCUGGAUCCAAGGCGCUCUCCUAGCCAGCCUAGACUUGGCCCGGAGGUGCCCAUCCUCAGUGCUCCCUCCAGAUCCCAUCCAGCAGCUCAGCAUCUACUCCGCUCAGCAUCACUGAAUCAUGGAGCCUUUGUAUGAAACAGCUCUGCCGGGCCGAGAGCUGUGCUGCUCUUCCCUUUACAUCUGCUGGUGUGGACCAUACCCAGGCCUGGGCCAGAGGAAGAGAGAGGGAUGGGCAUUUUGUAGUUUACCAAGAGAGAAGUCUCUGGGCCCUUAUUUAUUAUUUAAACAUUUAAACAAAAAAGCACUGCUAUUUACUUGUCUCUCCUCCUGCUCCUCCCCAUCCUCCUCCUUGUCCCUGACUUGGGGCACUUCCACCCUGACCCAGCCAGUCCAGUUCUGCCUUGCCAGCUCUCCAGUGUAGACGUAGUGUGUGGGGUGGAAGCCCUGGGACCCAGGAGGUAGCCUGUCCCUGCAGAUGGUACAGAUGUUCCUUAGAAUCAUCUCUAGUUCCCCACCGCAAUCCCAGCACCCAGCCCUCAGUCCCCCCACGUCCCGGCUCCGUGGGCCCACCAUGUGGCCUUAGGGUUUCCCUCCUUCCUUUCCACUGAAAAGCACUUGGCCUUGGGGGACAAAUUCCUCUUUGAUGAAUGUACCCUGUGGGGAUGUUUCAUACUGACAGAUUAUUUUUAUUUAUUCUAUGUCAUAUUUAAAAUAUUUAUUUUUUAUACCAAAGGAAUACUUUUUUUUUAAGAAAAAAAGAGAAAUGAAUAAAGAAUCUGCUCUUG